AUGAUACUAAGAAAAAACAGUAUAAUACCAUUCCGUCGUUUGUCUUCUAGUUGUCGAUUUCUAGCUAGAAAAGCAGCCACUAAAAAGAUAGUGUCACCGGUACUCGAGGAAUGGGAUCGCGGGGCAAGGAAUCAAGAUACAGGGCUUUCUCCUUUAUUAGCUUCUAUGAAGCGAUUGAUGGAUCUGAAUCCCGGAUGUGUUAGUUUAAUCCAAGUUGGGAGUUUUUAUGAACUUUAUUUUGAGCAGGCAGAGGAAUAUGGACCUAAAUUGGGACUAAAAAUUGCAAAAAAGAAAACCCUGAAUCAUGUUGUUCCAUUCGCGGGAUUUCCAACUACCCAAUUGCGAAAAUUCACUGAAAUGCUAAUUCAUGAACAGCAAGUAAACGUUGCAAUUAUUGAUCAAUGCGAUCAAGGGUCCAAGACAAAUCAAAAUUUAGUGCAUCGUAAGAUUUCAAGAAUUAUUACACCUGGGACAUUGAUUGACGAGUCAUUCCUAAAUUUUAACGAGAAUAACUACCUUGUUGCCAUUUCAUUUGCCCCCAAUUUAUUGAAUCUUCCACCAGACCCACAAAUGAAAGUUGGUCUAUCAUGGACUGACAUAUCUGUUGGUGAAUCGUUUGUACAGCUAACCACAUUAGGUGAAUUGAGUUCAGAUAUUGGCCGAAUUAACCCUAGUGAAAUAUUACUACCUAAGGAGUUUCAAGACCACAAUUUACACUUGGGUCAGUGGUAUAGCCCCUUACUGGAGUUAAAACGUUAUAUUAUUAGGUAUCAUAGUACAACUAACUACAACGACUUGAAACUACAAUACCAUGACAAUAUUCAAAAAGUUAGGAAGCAUUUGGAAACCUUUUCUCCUCGAGAACAAGCAGCUUUGAAUAUGAUAAUGUCGUAUAUGAGUAUAAACCUACCUGAUGUUGAUAUUUUGAUGACUUUGCCAACCAGAUAUUUCAAUGAAACUUGUUUGCAAAUGGAUUCAAGAACAAGAGAUGCUUUAGAGUUAACCGAGAGAACAAUAGCUGGAAGGACCUCUUCUGUUGGUUCCUUCGUUUCUGUAAUUAAGCGAACAUGCACAUCGUCCGGUACGAGGUUGUUAACUGAGUGGGUAAAGUCCCCAUCUUUAGAUAUUAAAGAUAUUGAAAAGAGACAAUCAUUUGUGAAAAUGUUUUUGAAAAACCGGCAUUUAAAGAUCGUAACAAGACAGCACUUGCAACAAUUAGGUGAUUUUAUAAGAAACUUGCAAAAGUUGGUGAUAGGGCGUGGAGAUCCUGUCAAUCAAUUAGUGUAUGCAGCGAAUACAUUGGACGGCUUACAGAAAUUACGGGAUUUUUUAGUCGAAGAAUACGAAAAAAGUCCCCAAAAGAUGUCUUGUUUGACAAAUCUUCUAGAAAAGUUUGACAUUCCAAAAAAUUUAGCAGAGAAAAUAUAUAACACGAUAGAUAUUGAAGAACGGUCAGUUUCCGGUGAAAGCACUGAAGAGAUUGAGGAGCCAACAGAGGAAUAUGCAAAUACUAAUCUGAGUUACUCUAAUAGUUUCUUAGAGAAAUAUAGAUUAAAAGAAGAAGAGAAUGGUGAUGCAGAGAAUUUCUAUUCCGUGAAACGCGAUUUCAAUGACGAAUUGAAGGUUUUGCAUAACGAGUUAAGUGACUUGGAAACUGAAGAAAAUAAACUUUGGAGCAAGUUGCGCAACGCCCUUGACGAUAUUGAUGGGAAAUUAAAUAUCGUCAAAAGAGGUAUAUUUGGCCGAUAUAAUAAUGUUAUUUUAAUAAGUGGUAAAACGUCGUCAAUUAAUAAAGCAAGUGCUAAGUUGGAUGGUGAUAUUCUUUAUGCGAAAAAGAUGUCACUUGUAUAUAGAUCAAAAGAAUGGAAUGAAAUCCAGCAUUUAAUUUUAGACAAAAAGGAAGCUAUCUUGUUGGUUGAAAGAAAAAUCAUAGAAGAGCUCAAACUGGAAGUAACACAGAGAUUUCCAGAGUUUCGUGAAUUGGCUGGGUUGGCCGAUUUUCUAGAUGUCACUUCUUCGCUUGCAAUUGUUGCUGACCAGAAUAAUUGGACCUGUCCUAAAUUAAUUAAAUCACCUCGUCUCUCGAUAGAAGGUGGUCGACACGUGGUUGUUGAAUCCAGCUUGAAAGAUUCUGGGAAUAUGUUUAUUCCCAAUGAUUCUAAAAUGGGUACGGACGGGACCUUGUGGGUUAUCUCGGGUCCCAAUAUGGGAGGUAAAAGUACUUAUUUGAGACAAAAUGCUUUAAUUGUGAUUUUAGCACAAAUUGGUUCAUUCGUACCUGCUGAAAGGGCAACCAUAGGGUUAGUUGAUAAAAUAUUUACUCGUAUUGGAGCAACUGACGACUUGUUCAAUGAUUUGAGCACCUUUAUGGUGGAAAUGGUUGAGGUAAGCAACAUUUUAACUAAUGCAACUUCACUGUCAUUAGCCAUUGUCGACGAGAUUGGAAGAGGAACAAGUGGUAAAGAAGGUUUAGCAAUUGCAUAUGCAACAUUACUCAGCCUAUUGCAAGUCAACAGAUGCAGAACCUUAUUUGCUACACAUUUUGGAAAAGAAUUGGAACAGCUUUUGGUUGCCAAUAACAUAGACCAAAAGAAUAUUCGCUAUUUCCGUACAAGAGUAUUAGAGAGUAGCAAUAACGGGAAAGGCUUUGUUAUUGACCAUACAUUAGAGCCUGGAAUUAGUGAACGCUCUCAUGCAUUAGAUGUUGCUCGAAUGGCAGGGUUUCCUGAAAACGCACUUACGGUUGCAGAAGAAGUACUAGAUAAUUUAUAG